AUGUCUAACUCAAAUAAAAAAGAUAAAUAUAUUAGUGCCAUGUCUAGUAGUGAAAACAUUUUCCAUCGUCCCAAUUUUAUUAUUUUUAUGCCUGACCAAUUAAGCUAUAGUUGUGUAGGAACAUUUGGCAACACAGUAAUUAGGACCCCGAACAUAGAUAAAUUGGCAUCUCAAGGUGUAAAGUUUACCAAUUGCUAUUUGCAAAAUUCUGUAUGUUCUCAAAGUAGGGCAUCGAUUGUCACUGGAAAAUACCCACAUGUAACCGGUCAUAGGGGUUUAACUACAUUAUUACAACCUUGGGAAGAUAAUUUCUUCAAGACUCUAAAAAACAAUGGAUACUUUAUAGUCAGCAUUGGCGAAAGAGGGGACUUAUUUGGUGCCAAUGCCUCUGAAUUGAGUUUAAAUGAAUAUGGUAAUAUUAUUGAGCCUGACGCUGAUUUUUUUGCUAACAUGAUCGCUCAAUUUAAACAAAUUCAAAACUUUGCUACCAAUGAUAACAAACAUAAAGUUGAUUGGGGCAGGUUAUACUAUUUGGGCGAGAGAAAAAAAGAUUCCUCUUUGAAAGAUCCUCCAGUUGAUUUUGAUGAAGCCGUGAUCCAAAGCGCUGAAAUUUGGUUGGACAAAUUAAAUUCUAAUCCCGAUUUAACAGGUGGUAAGCCAUGGGUGUUAUUCUUACCAUUGAUUUUCCCACAUUGUCCGUUUUAUGUAGAAGAACCAUAUUACAGUUUGUAUGAUCGACACGCAAUACCCAAACCACUAAGGGUUUCUGAAAAAACAGGAUAUGAGCCAAAAUAUAUGUCAAGAUUAAGAUUUAAACAUGGUCUAAACAAUUUACCAGAUGAAGUAUGGGCUGAAGUUGGCGCAGUUUACUAUGGAAUGAUUAGUAGAAUCGAUGAUCAAUUGGGGAGAAUUUUAAAUAAAAUUGAGCAAUAUGAACCAAUUAAUAGUUCUACAAUUAAAAUAUUUUGUACCGACCAUGGAGAAUAUUUAGGAAACCACGAACUAAUUGAAAAAUGGCCUAGCGGAGUUAGUGAACAAUUAGUACACGAACCUCUAAUUAUUGCAGGACCUGCAAUUUCUCAAAAUACUACUGUUGAUUCUUUGUGUGAAAUGGUUGACUUGGCACCUACUUUAUUUCAAUUUGCCGGCUUAGAUGAAUAUCCAUACCCACACAACGGUAAAUCAUUAGUUCCAUUAUUGACCGGUAGCAGCAAUCAAAACCAUAAGGAAUUUGUUUUCACUGAAGGUGGAUUUUUAAAAAGCGAAGAGCCAAUCAUUGAAUUUGCAUCAUAUCCUUAUGAUAUAAAAGCUGGCUUACAACAUGAGGAAUUAGUUACUGUUGGUAGAGUUGUUAGUUGUAGAAAUGCUCAAUACAAUUUUGUCUAUAGGUUGUAUGAGGGCAAAAACGAACUAUAUGACAGAAAAAAGGAUCUACAAGAAGCGCAUAAUUUAAUUGAUGAGCCUGAAUACCAGGAUUUAGUAACCUUUUUCAAAGACAAGAUUUUGGAGUGGUUUUUUAAAACCAGUGAUCAUGCACCAUUCCAUACAGACAAAAGAAGAGAAACAGUCAAUUUGCCCAAACCAGGAGAAGUUUUUUCAAGGUGA